GCGCGAGUUCGGGAUCACGUGAUCAAGCAUAACAACGCUACUUAAGCUCGUGGCGUUGGCGCGUUUCUUUAAUCGUGGCAGUGUUGGAAAUGAACAGCGUAUACGGCAACCUCGGAGAAAUGAGUGCUGUCAGAAAAAUGACGCACCUGGAGAAUCCUUGUGAAAACGUACAGACUAAAGGAUCAUGUGCAUCAGGGAGGAGAACACUUCAAGUUCUUCAGCCAUCUGCAGUGAAUAAGCGUUUUGAAAGGAUAAAGGAGGUCCAAGAUACUGGGAAGACUGUUCCUAAAAGGAAGCUAUGUGGUGCAGACCAGGUGAAGGGCUCAAAGAGGGUUAAGGCAGAAGUGGCAAUUAAAUCUACAGAUCCAAAAAAUGAAAACCAUCCUGAGGGAGUCACUCAGGAAGCCUAUGAGUUGAUGGUCAAAGAUCUUUCAGAAACCCCUACAUCUGCUUACUGGAAGGAGUUGGCAGAGGAGCGACGAAAAGCCCUGUUCAGUGUUCUUCAGGAGAAUGAAAAGCUGCACAAAGGGAUAGAAGCCAAGGAUGAACAGAUUGCUCAGCUGAAAAGUGAGAAUGAUGAGUUACAAGAACUAGCAAAGCAUGUCCAACACAUGGCUGACAUGAUUGAGAGGUUAACUGGGAAAAGUCCAGACAACCUGGAGGAACUGCGAGAGAUUGCAUUUGACCCAUUUGAUGAAGAUGCAGAUGUGAAUGAAGAAUGUGAUGAGGGUCAGGAUGAAGAAUGUCAUGAGGAAAAUAAGUUAUGAAGGGGAGUGCAAACAGAACUAAGUGCACCGAGUUAAGGAUGUGCUACAAAAGGAAGACUACGCUGCCUCAGAUGCAAAAAGCCAGUGUUUUUUUUUUGUUUUUUCCUCCACCCUCCCUGGUCAUUCCUGAAUAACAGACACCAUAUUGUGUGCCUGAGUUGUUGCUGUUUAAUUUGACCUACCCUUUCUUUUGGAAGAUGUGAUGUGCAAUUUACCUUCCUGGUUUUAAUGGUGUUCCUUUUUAUUUUAAUUUGUUGCUGUAAGUAGGUUCAGACUGACCUUUUUAAUGGCUCUUGUGUGCAUUUCUUGCACUGUACAUAUGUAAACUUGGACAUUGUAUUUUUUUAUAAAAAUUAAGUCUCA